AACAAACACCCCUGUUGCGUGUUCAGCAGCGGCCUUGGCGUCAUUUCCUGCGAUCGGGGCUUGUGCUGAGAUGUUUUUGGGGAAGUGGCACAUCAGCGUCUGCGAAAAGCUCAUCAGAGGACAGCGCACAUCAUAAGUGUGUUUUUCACUGACUUACAUCCCCUGGGAGGAAAUCAUUUGGACAGAGGGGCCCCAGAGUCAGAUGUCAGUAAUAGUGCAGAUCAUUUCCUAUAUGAGGAAAGUCACAUAGCUACAUGUUAUUAUUUUCAUAAGUCUCGUACCAGAUUUAUGUUCUCUGUUACAAGCAGCACUUUCAUUUACACAUCUAAUGCUUAUGACCUCAGGCAGGAAGUAUUUACAGUUAAAGAUCAUUUCAUGAUUUUAUUACCCUUGGUGGAUGAUAAUCAGUAUUUCGCCUUUGUCUCCUGCUGGCAUUUCUCUCCUGGGCCCUGCUCUCAGAACAUACGAUGGCGCUUGAUCUGACCUGUGCACCGCGCUUCCCUUUUCCUUUUCCUUUCUUUCUGGCAGCGACUCAGUGCACACACCCCAGCCAACGCUCUCACCGCUAUUUAACCCUGCCUUUUGGCUUGCAGACACAGAGUCUGUGCAGCACUUGUCGUCCACUGGUUUCAUCUGUCUCUGCUCCGACCGGUCAUUAAAAUGAUCCAUCUUUGCACCACACUGAUGCUGUCGAUUGCUUCGGUCAUCUCUGGUAAAACUAUAGACACGAGCCGCUUCAGAGUCUUUCCAGCAAUGAACCAAAGCAUUGGUGGAGUUUUCCAGGUCAGCCAAUUAGACCAGCACCACCAGCCCAAGUACGCCUUCAACGCCUCUGAUGCUCGGACCGUCUGCUCUUCCCUUCGUGUGAGCGUCGCUUCUAAAGCAGAAGUAGAGAAAGCUCUUGCCAGUGGUUUGGAAACUUGCAGGUUUGGCUGGGUUGAUGAGAACUUGGCAGUCAUCCCCCGCAUCCAUCCACUGUCCAACUGUGGCAAGCAGCAGGUUGGCGUGGUGAUAUGGCGAGCCCCCGUGACGCAGCGCUUUGAUGUGUUUUGCUUCAACGAAUCAGAUGUGGUGACACAGCUGACAUACUCAUCCUCCGUUAUCCCUCCAAGUAGCAGAGAACCCUCAGGACAAACUCAGUCUGCCUCCAACGCACCAGUCUCUGCCCAGACUUCAAACUCUAUGUCAUCCUCCUCCCUCCAUCCUUCUUCCUCCUCACCUCCUAAAACCAUAGACAGGGAGGCACCACCAGCCCAGUUCGUUGGCACAGCUCAAGGCUCUGGUGGAGCAAAGAUUAUUCUUAUCACAUCAACCUGUGCCCUUUCUGUUGCUGCAGUAAUCAUCUUUGUGUAUCUAAAACUGCAAAGAAGUCACUUCUGCGGGGCUGAUGAGAAGCAGCAGCAGGAGUAUAUCGAGACCAGAGAGUUGGAGUGUGUGAAGAGCAUAGAAGAGACUGAGGAGGAGCAUAAAGAAGAAGAUAAAAUAGCAAUAGAAGACGAUGCGAGUUAAACAUUUCUGACACGUUUUUGCAACAUGGACCAUGACUUGAGAAAAUAAUAUGAGAGAAUGUUUGUAUAGCGCUUUUUGCAUGUGUAAAAUAAUAUGUGCUCAUGUGUUUCAACUGGUGCUGUUUAACCACUAGAUGGCGACCUUUGUAGCGUUUCUGUCCCUUUGUGUUUGUCCCUCCAGGGAAACUCUUAUCAAGAAGCUUUUGUACAAUUUCAAGCAGUUUUUAAAAGUUAAAAAAAACAUUAAAGCUGUGUUCUCAACAUCU